AUGGAUAUUGUAACAGUAUACAAAAAGCCGAGAAGGCAGUUUGGAAGAUAUUGUGGCCAUUUCAUAGAUACUGAGCCCGAAACGAUCAUUGAUAUCAAACCAAGUGAGGAAUACAAGGCAAAAUACAUAACACGUGAACCAAGAGCGGUGGGUGUGCAAGCAGCAGCAGAAUUUUCUGAUCACUUCACCAAUACUGAAACUCAUGAGUCCAAAGAGCAAGGAAUGAACCAUCUCGAAGGAGGAUGGCCAAAAGAUGUAGAUACCGCAAAGCUAUCCAGCAAGGAGAGAUAUAUCAAAAAAAUUGAAAAUAAUAUUGAGGAUUUGAACUCAUUCAUUGCGUUGAGGGAUUCCGCGGAGUAUUACAUUCAACAGAACAAUGCAAUCAAUAUCUUUGGUAGCUACUUUAAAGAGAAGACGUUGGACUUUGGAAGUGAGCGAUCCAUGGUAAAAACUCUAUCUGUCUUCAAAGAUCCAUGCCAAGAUAAGCGAACAGUCUCUAAAAUUUCAUGGCUGCCAAGUGACGGAUCAAAACUUGCCGUGGCAUAUGCCAAUCUAGAUUUCCAAAGCACUAACAAGAAAAUUCCAACAAACGCCUAUGUUUGGGAUGUGAAUAAUGCGAAUGAACCUGAUGUCACCUUAACUCCCUCGUCACACUUGGUUUCAAUUAGAUAUAACCCUAAAGAUAAUAACACACUCGCUGGAGGGUGCUACAACGGUGUUGUUUGUAUAUUUGACACAAGAAAAGGAGGCGAGGAAGUGCUAAUUUCCGAUCUUAAAACCAGUCACAGGGAUCCCAUUUACGAUUUACAAUGGAUCCAAAGCAAGAGUGCAACUUUUUUUAUCACUACGUCCACUGACGGCCAAGUACUGACAUGGGAUACAAGAAAUUUAUCAAAUCCAGUUGACUCCGAAACAAUGGAAUUAAGAAUACCUGACGAUAAAAACGCAGAAUGUAAACUGCAGGGAUUGCUUGGAGGAGAGUCGAUUGAUUACGAUGUUUCUUACAGUCCCACAAAAUUCAUGAUAGGUACAGAGCAAGGAGCAGUCAUAAGUUGUACAAGAAGAAAGAAUAAGGGAACGGCUGUAGAUAAGGUCUAUUAUGGUCAACAUCAUCACCAUGGACCAAUUUACUCCAUUCAACGAAACCCUUUCUUGCAGAAAUACUUUAUGACCGUUGGAGAUUGGACCAUAAAGAUUUGGAACGAAGACAUUUCAAACGACCCCAUUAUUUCAACGAGGUAUGAUGACAGUUAUAUCACAUCAUGCCAAUGGAGUCCUUCUAGGCCAGGAGUAUUCUAUACCACAAAGAUGGAUGGUACUCUUGAUGUAUGGGAUUAUUUAUACAAGCAAAAUAAGCCUUUGUUAUCUCUUAGAUUGUCAGAUCAAGGACUACAUUGUUUAAGCAUUUACGGUAAAUAUAUCGCCGUGGGAGGAAGAGAUGGAUCUACUAGGUUGCUCGAAGUGAGUGAAGGUUUAAGAGGAGAGGAUAAACAGCAAGUACUCGAAGAGAAGGAAUAUAUUAAUAAUAUGUUGGAGCGAGAAACUAAGAGAGAAAGAGCAUUAGUCGACAAUAGAAAGGAAAGUGAACAAGCUCAAAAACGACUCGAGAUGAAGAAAAAACAAAAAGACUCUUCAAAAUCAUCUUUUGGAAUUACAAUCAACGAGGAUGAGCUUCAAGAAGAUGAGACCCUAUUUUUGGAUGCCAUUAAAGUCAAAUAA